UGCAAUUAUAAGCAUAAAAACAAAGUUGUUUAUAUUUUUAAAAUUUAGCUUUUAUUUUUUGAAAACUGAGAAAUUGCUGUAAAAAAUCCUUAUUCUUUAAUAAAUGUAAGGUGGUGUUCGCGGCUAUGACUUAAUAUUCUUUUGAUGAAUGUUUUGAACACCUUGUAUAGCAGACGAAUUGCGGUGGUUAUAUAGUGUUUAUAACACGGUGUAGGCGGUGCGGCGUCUCGCAACAUUGAAUAUGUGCUGAGGACACAGAAAUAGGUUAACUCUACUUCACCUGCCCUGUGUCCCGCCAAGUUCAGAUAGGCCACUUUAUCAUUCACAUCUAUAAAAAAAAAUUGAAAAAAAAAUUUAACAUCGACAUGAUGUGUCUUGAACCGGUGCCACCCGCAUGGUAACUAUUACACUACCAUCUCAGCUAUCUAGGCUCUUCCUAUUAGAUAAAUCCCUUGAAUUCUCAAAUUUGAAGAUCCUUGAAGCUAAAAAGCAAAGAUGUAUAUCAAAUAUGUAAGGACUAAAGUAGUUUAAUAAAGAAACUCAAUAAUUUGUGUUUUUAUAUUUGAUUUUAUUUUUAACUAAUUAAUUUUGGUUUGGCCUAGAUUUUAGAUCUAGGACUAGGAUUGACUUUCCCUUCGUCCGACAGCUUAUCAGUAGAUCUAGAGAAAUUUAUUGUAUACUCAAAUUAGAAGAACUUUGAAAAUUGAUAAUAGUGUUGGAACCUAAUAAAAAUAUCAAACAGACAUAUGGUUAAAGCUAUUGCCGACAGAAAAUUAGCUUUAUAAUGCGUUAAACUUUUGAAUGGACAGCAAAAUCUUCGAUGGAAGCUGCCAUUAUUGUUAUAAAGAGUAAAUAAAUCAUUAGACGUCACUAUAAGAUUUUGAGUGAUUAAUCCUGACAAGCUGGUAUUUCAACAUAAUGCCUCAAGAUCAAAUAUCUUAUUCAGAUAAAUAUUUUGAUGACAAAUAUGAAUACAGACAUGUAAUAUUGCCAAGUGAUAUUGCAAAGUUGGUUCCGAAAAAUCAUCUAAUGACAGAAACUGAAUGGAGAAAUUUGGGUGUGCAACAGUCUCCAGGUUGGAUUCAUUAUAUGGUCCAUGCCCCAGAACCUCAUGUUUUACUUUUCCGACGCCCUUUGCCAAAACCUCAUAGAGAGCAAAAUGGAAUAGCGUCACAAGCAAGCUCUGUAGCUGUAGGAUAGAUCACUUUAAUACAUCAGUAAUUUACCUGUUUUGGUUAUUGUUUUGCAAAAUACAUACUUUUGGCCACUUGUUAUAUUUGUUUUCAAAAUUUCAGUCAUUGAAAAUUACAGCUGAAUAUAAAUUAUGGUUAUUUCAUAAACAUCCAAUACCAGAGAAGUUUUUAAAAUUCUGAAAUGACAUUAUUCUAUUUUUCAAAGGCAUUUACAAAUUUUCUAAACAUAGUCACAGUGCUUUCACUUUUUCAAAAUUUUAUUAUGAAAAAAAAGGCUACAUCUAGUGGCGAAUAUAAAAAUUUACAUUAAUUUACAUUAAUCAGGAUCUAGAUUAAUUUUUUUUCCAUCGCUAUGUAGGCUCUAAUAGUUAGUCCUUCAACUACUGAUUCAUUAGGGGUUUCUGUACAUUCAUAUGAUGUAUAAAAGUAUGUUAUGUUUGUUAUAGAUUUAUAAACAUUUAAAGCUAAUCCCCAGUUUUUUUAGUAAAGAUCUUGAUACAUUUUGAAAAUUUAGGGUAUAGCUCUAUUUAUUCAUUCAUUGCUUUAUAAACCUGGUUUUAUUAUUUUCAUUAGCUUUAGUCUAAUUUUUAAAAUGUAGUAUAAAAGAUAAAACGAGUAUGAAUCACACAUUACUUUUUAAAACUAUGAAUUUUUACAUUUUCUUACAGUAUACUCUACAGUAUACUCUAGGUUCCAGUUCUUUUAUACCUAUCAUUACAUUUGUACAGUUAUACAAAAUUAUUUUCCAUAACCCACAGUAGAUACUUAACAGCCUACUAAUUCCCCUUUUUAUUCUAGUGGUAGAAUAGUACACAUUUGUUUACAUUUUUAAUAUUAAAAAAAUAUCUUGUUCCAAGAUAUUUACUUAAAUACAGUUAUCCCCCUUUUGAAAAAUAUUAUGUAGGAGUUAGAUGGGAUUCAUAGUUUAAAAAGUACUUUUGUCAAAAAGUAUCUAGUUCCAUUAAAAGUAUUAAAACAUUUUCUUUCUUAGAGAAAUUAAUAGUUAUUUGUAUAUGACUUGACUUAGUCCUCUAUACUCAUUGUGGGGCAUUUAUUUGUAUAUAGCUAACUGUAAAUAGAAGUUGUAUGCAUAAAAGUUGUGUUAGUAUAGUUUAUAUGCAAAUUCUAUCUAUGUUAUUGAUGGAAUUAAGAUGUUUUCAUUUAAAGUUACCCCUAUCCAUUUUUGUUUUAAAAAUGACUUUCGCUUGAAGUAAAUGAAAUUGAAAC